AGAGGGUUGAGCCCGGACUGCCAGUGUGUGCGCGCGCGCGUGUGUGUGUGUCCACACUGCCUGGGAUGUAGACACUGUACCUGUAGGACACCGGGGCGCCUCCGAAGAGACAAAGCAGAGGAAGAGGUUACAAGGUUUGCAAAGGUUAGCUGUGCUGUCAUUACUAUGGCGACAGGACAAGGCCUCCUCGUCCUCCUGAGUUUAUGUUUUUGUGGUCUCCACGGGAACCUUCGCUCUGCACCCCGGGUACAUUUGUCUUUCAAAGAACUUCUGGAAACCAAGACAAUACGGCCUUUCAGCUUCUCCUUCAACACCAGCGACUACCGCAUUUUACUCAUGGAUCAGGACCAGGGCCGCCUCUACCUGGGUAGCCGGGAGUACGUGGUGGCUCUGGAUAUGCACAACAUCAACAAGGAACCACUCAUUAUCCACUGGCCUGCUACAACCCAGAGGAAAGGAGAGUGCAGAAUGACUGGGAAAGGAGGGCAGGGUGAGUGUGCAAAUUUUGUACGCCUGAUCGAGCCAUGGAACCGAACUCAUCUGUACACCUGUGGCACUGGGGCCUACAAGCCCAUCUGUACCUUCGUCCAUCGGGGAUGGAGAGCUGAGGAGUAUCUUUUCCGACUUGUGCCUGGAUAUGUGGAUUCAGGAAAGGGAAAAUGUCCCUACGACCCUCGGCAGCAGAACGUGGCUGCCCUCAUCAAUGGGAAUCUGUAUGCUGGUGUCCAUGUAGACUUUAUGGGCACUGAUCCAGCAAUCUUUCGCACUCUUGGUGACAGACCAGCGGUGAGGACCGAACAGUACGACUCCAGAUGGCUCAAUGAACCAGUGUUCAUCGAGAUCCAAAGGAUUCCUGACAGCUCAGAGAAAAACGAUGACAAACUCUACUUCUUCUUCCGUGAGAAGAGCCUGGAUGCAGGGGGAGGGGGAAGCCCUAGUGUUGUAUCCAGGGUUGGACGUGUCUGUCUGAAUGAUGACGGAGGUCAGAGGUCACUGGUGAACAAAUGGACAACAUUCCUGAAGGCUCGCCUAGUGUGUUCUGUGAUUGGAGACGAUGGCAUAGAGACAUAUUUUGAUGAACUGAGAGAUGUUUUCAUUCAACCUAACCAAGAUGAACGCAAUCCUGUUGUUUAUGCUGUGUUCUCUACUGCUGGUUCUGUGUUCAAAGGCUCGGCAGUGUGCGUGUAUUCCAUGAACGACAUCCGUAACGUCUUCAAUGGGCCCUUCUCCCACAAGCAUGGCCACAACUACCAAUGGACACCUUACACCGGGAAGAUCCCAUACCCUCGCCCUGGCACCUGUCCAGGAGGCACUUUCACUCCUGGAGUACGCACCACCAAGGAGUUCUCAGACGAGGCGGUCAACUUUGUGCGCGCUCACCCUCUUAUGUACUACCCUGUCUAUCCUCUUCACAAGCGCCCCCUGGUGGUGCGCACUGGAGUAGAUUACCGAUUCACCACCAUUGCGGUUGACUUGGUAGAUGCAGUAGAUGGGACGUAUGAGGUGCUCUUUUUGGGGACAGACCGUGGAACAGUGCAAAAGGUAAUAGUUCUUCCAAAAGAUCCCAGCACCACAGAAGAGCUCACUUUGGAGGAGGUGGAAGUUUUUAGGACUCCAGCUCCCGUUAAAACAAUGAAGAUCUCAUCCAAAAGGCAACAGCUGUAUGUGUCAUCUGAGAGUGGAUUGACACAGGUGUCCCUGCACAGGUGCGCUGUCUAUGGCAAAGCUUGUUCUGACUGCUGUCUGGCUCGCGAUCCAUACUGUGCCUGGGAUGGGGAAAACUGUUCUGCUUUCACCCCUUCCACCAAGAGGAGGAGCAGGAGACAGGACAUUAAACAUGGCGAUCCCUUGCGACAAUGUAGAGGCUUCAAUGCUAAAGUUGAGCAUAGACUUAAAGAAACAGUGCAGUUUGGGGUGGAAGGAAGCAGUACAUUUCUGGAAUGUCAGCCUCGGUCUCCUCAGGCUACUGUCAAGUGGCUUUUCCAAAAGGAUGGCAAGAGGAAAGUGCUCAAUCGGGAGAGUGGGAUGCUUAAGACAGGCCAUGGGAUCCUGCUGAAGUCCUUGACCCAGUCUGAUGGUGGUCUUUACCACUGUCUCGCCACAGAGAAUAACUUCAAGCACACAGUGGCCCGGGUGGCUCUGCACAUUCUGGACCGGGAGAUUGUGGAUGCCCUCACCUCUCCCGAUGCUCCAGUUGAUUAUCAGCACCGUCGUACGCACCCACCUCCCCCACCACCCCCUCCCCAGACCCUCCCUCCACAGCUCCACCCAGAGCCAGAGGUUCAACUCAUGAACCAGUACUGCCAGUCAUACUGGCAGCAGAUUCAGCCCAAGUGGCAGUCAAAACGAACCAGUCGAAGGCACACUGAGGACCAUGGACCACGGCCUGAUAACUGACACCUGCACUCCCAGCCCUAGCUUUGGAGAAACCCCAUCCCUCCCUGAUUCAGUCCCUGCCAAGCACUUAUGGUUCCUUUAUGGUUGAAGCGGCACAGUGAUGAGAUGCAAUGAAUCCAGCAGCAUAAGCUCUAAGAGCCUAGCAUGGCUGCAAGACCCCAGCCUUCUACAGACCGCUUUGGUGCUUCAUGCGCAGCACCCAUGAAGACACCUGGGAGCUAAUCCACCAGAGACUCAGGCACAGUUCAUGUUUAUAUUAAAACAAUACAAUCUGCCCCAUUUCAACAGUGGUAUGAGAAAACACCAAUUCAUUGAAAGAUGUCUGAAAUAGAGUCAGACUAUUUUGCAAAGAAGUGCAGAAGUUGGUGAAUUUUUAAAGCUUCUACAUGAAAGAAAUUAUGCCUGAAUAUUUUGGUGCAUAUCUGUCCAAACUAUUUUUACUGCCCCUAUGAUUGUCUAAAUUUAAGUGCACGUGCACAGUAGUGGUUCUUAUGGUGCCAAUUUUAAAUGCACAGGUAUCUUCUGAAUGCAGCCAGCAGAUAGUAGUUUCUUUACAAUAGCCCUAUAUUUGCAUCAGCAUCUGAAGGGUGCUCCAAAAUCCAGGAUAAUGGGAACAGUAGCAGAUAUCUUUCUUACAAUGUAUAACUGACCGAUAUUGCUACAGAGCAGCAUAUGAACAUUUGCAUUUCAUUAUAAAUGUAUUUAGCUGUAAUUCCAAACGAUGUUCUACAUUUGCAAAUCAUACUUGUAAAAGAAAGUACAGCAUCAUGAAAGUAAGAUUUAAUGUUUAAGGAGGUUUAGUGCAAUUAACAAUGGAACUGAAUGUUUGAACACCACAUAUAAAAUGAUGUAUAGCAAUUAUGCUGAGAAAUGAGAGCUUCUGGAAAAUCAGCCUAAACCCAAGGAAUGGCAGGAGUGGACCAAACAAGUCUGUCUGUCUGUUGAACCUUGUUGGAACGAAGUAUGGAGUAAUUAGACUCAGUAUAAAAUUAAAUACAUUGGAACACCUGAAAAAUUCUGAAUAGUAAACUGCAAAGUGUUAUCAAUAGCAAAGAUACUGAAAAUGAAAUGCUUUGCAAUGACUUCCACAGCCAUCAUAUGUGUUUUAAAGUGAGACAAAAUUUAUUUAUGGACCAAAAUUUAUUGUCCUGCCAAAAUACAAGGUGAAUCCAGAUUGAGAAAAUGCAAAGUGAAACAGAUCUGAUUAAGGUGUGCCAAAAAGUGUAUAUGGAUUCAAAGACUACAAACCUUGACUAAGCAGUGCUUUACUAAAUCACUACAGAGUGGACAUUGUUGCAAAGACCAUAACCAGAGAGUAUAGUUUCUGUGCAUUCCCAGACAAUCUGCAGUUAUUUAGUUUUUUUAUAGUACUAUUACACUGGCACAGCACACCAAUGAUGCUACAUGACACUGUAACCAAUAGAACAGUCUGUAAAUAUACCCUCAGAAGUGUUCUUUUGCUCUUUUCCCAUAGUGUGUAUCCUAUGUCUUUAAUGUUCUCAUCAAAACCACCAGGAAGCCUUUUUAGUAAAGUAAUAUCAGUCACAGAAACUCUAGCAACAUUGAAUAUCCACACUUGUUUUUUGGUUAGUUGUUUUACUUUGUUUUUUGAUUGCUGGGUGAUUCUUUAAACAAUUUUUGCUAUUAGGCACGGAAGUGUUAUUGUUUCUGAGUUAUUGUAAAUCUAAGUGGUGAGCUGUAGUGUGUACUGAAUCUCAGUUAAGCCAAUCUCUUUUCAUGGUGGAGAUUCCACAUGAUCUAUAUGCCGCAAAAGUCACCUUGGUGUGAGGUUCUUCCCUUUUUCCUAGACAAAUCCUGUGCUCUCUUUCACCCACACCAUGACAUAUUUAUUUUGAGAAUGUACAUAUUCCUGUAAGUUCUGCACUUUGGUGGUGGGGGUUGGGGUUUCAGAUGGGAGAGGGAUUCACAAUUGGAGUUUGGAGUAAAGAGGUAGACCUUUUUAGACCUUCAAAUUCUGCAUGUUGGAACACCUUCGGCUAAAGCUGAACACGAUGGAUGUGCAGAGACAAUGUAACUUGGUGUAAAUAUCAAGUCUAAAGCCAAAAUUUAUGUUUUUGAUCCAUUCCAGGUGGCAGUAUAAAUGGGAGAACAUGUCAUUAUAUUCCAGACUUUAAAGCUGCCAGAAGGAUAUGCAGUCAUUGUGUCAUGUCAGUUCUUGAUUCUUUUAAAUUUUUCAGAAAGUGGCACAGAUAAAAGAAUUUUUAUUGAAUUUUGAAAAAAGUUGACAGCAAGAAUGAAAAUGACAAGUUAUUGAGAGAUGUCUACCUCUUUUGCCCUUUUUGUGGAAUGUUGAUUGUACCGAAACAUUAAUCCUAAGAUUAAAAAAAAAUGCGGCAUCUACAUUCCUU